GCUAGCUGCAGCCGUGACUGUGACUGGCUUGGAUAUACUGACUCCGUUUAUUGCUCAAGGAAGACUGAAGAGUGAAAAUACCAUCACUUGGUUUCUCAAUGCAUCGGAGAAGAACGAUACCUCGAAGGAACCUUGUUUUAAUUCCAUGAGUCAAAAUGAAUUCAUAGAGAUUCUAUGGACAAGUUCCUUAGAUUUUCCAGGUUUCGUGAUAUUUAUUCUUCUCGUGGAUUACAUAGAUAGAAAGAAAUUAUUGUGUGCCUCAUUCCUCAUCGUUUCAUUGUUCGUUUUUCUUCUUUUGAUCCCGACGGAGAAUGUGACUGCGCAUGUCGGUUUCCUCUUUUGUGCCAAGACGUUGAUAGUCAGCCAAUUCGAAUUACUACUGUUAGCAGCAGCAGAGACUUAUCCCACCACAGAACGUGGAGUAGCCAUUGGAGUGGAAGUGGCGACUUUUAACGCGGGGUUUCUUGCCGGCUUCUACAUUAUACAGGUUCUUAGCCAGCUAGGCACGUAUUACAUAUACAGCCUCUUAGGGUGUCUUCCUUUCUCCUGUGCUGUAGCAGCAGUCUUAUUACCAUGGGAAACUCGAGGCAUGGAAUUGUUGGAUUUCUGCAAGAUAUAGCAACGUCUGGUACUGAUUUAACAGGCAAACACCCUACUGCGUUUGCUUCUAACUAGAAAUGAACUGAAGUUUAUUAUACAGACGACUGGGAAAGAAAAAUGAAAUUUAUAGAAGAAAAUGUACGCUCAAAGUUUAUAAACCUAAUAUCAUUUGAAUGACUACAUCCAAGACUUGAGAUGGCAUUUCUCGAACCAAGGAACUUUGUUGUUGCAAUUAAUAUAGCUUUAUUAUUCAUUAACUUUCUCUUCGACCUAUGGAAGGGUAUGAAAGAGAAAUUUUUUUAAUCUUUUCGAACUUUUAUCGGAAAGAUUACCGUUGGAUGAAUACUAUGUCAACAAGCUUCUUAUGCAGAGAAUUUCGUUUCUGAAAGUCUAAUGUAUAUUCUUUUUGUGUGUUAGUGGAAUAAAUGCUUAGUUUUAAAUGGCUGAAAUUUUACUGAAUUACGCUGUUUUGCAGUUAUUUUGAUAAUUGUUAUUUAUUAUUAUCAAAAUUAUUACCAUCCUUUCUCUUAGGGCUAUCUGUCUAAAAGGAGGGUUGUAUUCAUGGAGAGCUUUCUAAGAAAUGCCAUCAUAUUCAUAACCAUUCUUCAGAUAACCAUGUUCAUAGCAAUUCUUCAAUGAAGCAACGGCGCCAUUUUCAUGUGAAUUCUUUAUGCUGUAUUCCCGCUUCCAAGGCUUGUUAGAGACAAAUCGUGAUGUAUUGUGCCUUAAAUUUAAUCUUAAAAUGUACGCUUAAGGAAUUUGAUAGCAAUGGGCGAAACUGCAGUAAAAUUUCUCCAGGAAUACAGAAUUUUGCCUCAGUCUCUAAAGGGAAAAAUAGGCGAUGUCUUCAGUAGAUAGCCGGUGGUGCCGAGGUUUGCGUGAUGCCGAGUCUCUGCAAUUCUCUGAUGUUUUCUAAGAGAAAACAUAUCGCUGUGUACUCAAGAAAAGAAUAGCGUCAAAAAAUUACAGAAGGAUUUUAAGAAGAAUGUGACUACUUUAUUUUUAAUGGAUCACAUAAUCGUUAUUUAACGAUUAAAAUGUGUAUUUUAGAUUACUAAAGUAUAUUAGUUUUUCACAUGUUUAUGAUAUUUAACGAACAAUAAUACUGAAAAUUUGAGAAUAUUUUCAGAAAAAGUAGCGAAAACUACCAAUUUUCAUCGAAAAAGUAACUUUUACUUUUCCAUCUGCAAAAAAUUGCCAGAUUUCGCCAAGUGGCUGCGUUUAUAUUUAAGCACUCAAUUUUCUCCUGUCCCGCGACGCGUCUUCCUGGUGUAAGUAGAAGCACGUUUGGCUGGUUAUCCGAAGGUCAAGAUUUGAGUUGUCGGCUAGGGCAUAAGUAAUUUCACUCGAUAGUUUCGUUCUCAAACCCCUGUGGAAUAGCAUGUUGUCUG